AUGGUGACAAGGCGCCUUUCCUUCUCCAGCAAACCCAAAGCCCCGGAGAGCUACCGGGUUCUGUUAGGGAGCACCCAGCUCUACCAGCACGGCCCUCAGACCCGGGAGGUACCCGUGAGCCGGGUUAUCACGCACCCAGACUUCGAGAAGCUGCAUCCCUUCGGGAGCGACAUCGCCAUGUUGCAGCUGCCGUCUCCUGUGAACUUCACCUCCUCCAUCGUCCCCGCCUGCCUCCCAGUCCCUGGCAUGAAGCUCCCCAGGAACUCGUCCUGCUGGAUAACCGGCUGGGGGAUGCUCAACGAGGAAACUCCCCUGCUGGAACCCUUCCAUCUCCAGGCGGGUAAGGUGAGCUUCAUUGGGAACAAGCUCUGUAACAUGUUAUAUGGACGUGCGAGAGGCAAAAACUUCUCUGUGCGCGAGGACAUGCUGUGUGCCGGGGACUUCUCCGCAGGAAAGUCCAUCUGCCACGUGAGCAAACAGGUCCCAGAGAGGGUAAGUGGCUACGCUAAAACAAGGCAGCUCAGCCUGAGCCCCGGAGUUCACACUUACGCCCCACCCUGA